AUGUUAUACAAAUGUUGGUUUGAUUUAUUACCUGUUGAAUUAUUACAUUAUUUAUUUAGUUAUUUUUCAGCACAAGAAAUUCUUCUGAUAUUUUCUGAUAUUAGUAAUUACAUAAAUAAUGUUUUAUCCGGAUAUUCUGCAUAUGUAAUAAAUUUGAAAUUAAUGAAAAAAUCCGAUUUUGAUCUUAUUUGUCGUCGUAUUUUACCAGAACAAGUGAUUGCACUCACACUUUCAGAUGAUAAUAAUACAUUUGUUCAAUCUGAACUUUUUCUUUCUUAUUAUCCAAUUGAACAAUUUACACGAUUACGAUCACUUACAUUAAUUGAAAUUGAUAUUAAAUCAUUAAAAUCUAUUUUUUCUAUGUUAUAUAAACUUCAUCAAUUACGUUCCUUUUCAUUUAAUAUUGAAACUAUAAGACAUAGAUUUCCAGCAUGGAAUAAUAAUUAUUCAAAUGAAUCAAAUCAAUUAAAAUCUUUAAUAUUUAAUAGUUAUAAACAAAUAUUACCGCAAUUAAAUCGUAUCUAUUUGAAUAAUUCAACUGAUUUAAUAUCGAUACAAUUACCAAAUCUACGUCAAUUGAAACUUACGAAAUCGUCCUUUGAUGAUUUAAAAAUUAUUUUUGAAAAUUCAUCACAAUUAAAAUCAAUUGAUAUUUAUUUAGAUACGAACAUGCUAAAUAUUCCAUUUAUUCUACCAUCGAAUCAACUUAUUCGUCUUAAUCUAGAAAUUAAAAAUCAAUUUAUUUCAAAAGAUCAAAUAGAACAGUUAUUAUCUAGUUUAAAUCAUUUAAAUCAUCUAGAAUUAAAAGCAAACGUUUCGGAGAAUGUUGUUAAUGGUUAUUUUUGGCAACAAUUAGUCAGUUCUUUUAUAACAUUCAAUUUCAAAUUUAAUGUACAAAAAAUUAACGUUCAAAAAAUCCUUAAUUCAUUUCGAACAUCAUUUUGGCUCGAAGAAAAACAUUGGUAUGUUGCUUUUCACAAUGAAUAUCUUUUUUCAUUACCUCAUUUUGCACCUAUUCAUAUGGAUACUGAUAAUAUCUUACAAUUUCAUUCAACAGAACCGAAUUAUUCUAUCAUCUAUCAUCAUUUAAAUAAAUUUACCGUGAAUACAAAUUUUCUUCAAUAUAAUAAUUAUCGUUGUAUUCAUAUUAAAACACUUAUACUCAAAUAUUCAAUAUCUAUUCAAACACUUGCAUCAAUUAUUGAUCUUAGUCGAGUCGAACAUCUUAUUAUACCAUCAUUAGAUUCUUUAUUAACUUUUACAUGUUUGAAAUAUACUAUGCCUCGAUUGUAUAAAUUAACAAUAGAAAAUAAUGUAACAAUUGAUAUGAUGGAACGAAUUCGACAUCAUCGUUUUAAACAAAUUCGUGUGCUUGAAAUACGUUUUACUGAUUAUAUUAUUGAAGAAUUAUUUUUUCUAUUUCCUUGUAUAGAAAAUUUAAUAUAUAAAUCUCGUAUUCAAUCAAUAGGAAUUAUGGUUCGUCUAAUAAGUGGAUUUAGAAAUUUAACAAAUGCAUCAUUUUGUGCUGAUUGUUCAUUCUAUCGAAAAGAAUUUCAUUUUUGUUCUAAUCCAAAUUCAUUCGGUCAAUAUUUUCGAUUAUAUACAUGUCAAGUUUAUCAUUCAAUGAAUACUCAAUUACCACUUUCAAUUCAUUGGAGAAUUGAUGAACAAGUACGAAUUUUUUUUGAAAUAAAUAUAAUUUAUUUUUUUGAAAUUUUGUUUAGUCAUCUACUUAUUUAUCCGAACAACGAAGAUAUGAUUGGUAUCGAUUAA